ACAUACAACGCCAAGAAGUCGCCGUAUUAUAAAGAAGCCCUGUCUCUAAAGCGCAAGGCAAGUCCUCUGUUCACAGCGCUACACGACAAGCUGCUCAACUUCCAUGUACACCCAAACACUGGCCUACUGUUACCUGCUGGUGUCGAGUACCACGCCGAAACCGAAG